CCAUUUUCAGGCGUUCACUCAUUGCAAUCAACAGCCAGGCAUUCAGCAAUACGGACACACACAUCCCACACAGCCGUCCGUCAGACGCACGCACAAAAUCCAACACGCCCAGCCAGCAAAGGCGUCCACCCUCUCUGUCUGUCUGUCUGUCUGUCUGUCUGGGCUCGCCAAGGGGCUCGGCAGCCACCGCUAUGACACAUCAGUUUGCCCACCGCGUGUGUGUGCCUUACCUUGCCUUCUGUCGGCCCCUCCCGUCUGCUGUCUAUCCUCUUUCAGCCACUUGAGGAGAGGAAAAGGCCAGACGGCAGACAGUCAGCCAGCCAGACACACUGAUGAGAGCAAACGCCGAAAGACUUACGGCAGUCGUGUGUGUGUGUGUGGGUGUGACGUGUCAGCCCCCCUCAGAGUCAUCCACACAGACACCACACUCACACGGCCCGCAGCUAUGCUAUGCAGCACAUAAGUGUCGUCAGCUAAGAAUGGCCCCACUGCCUCUCUGCUAUGAUCGAUCCCCCACACACAAUGGCCGGCCUGACAAACACCACCACCAUCACACACACAGAGGUCAGACAUGAACACGGUCACAGAAGUAGCCGUUCCCCACCUCAGGCAUUGCGCGCCGCAGUUAUUCUCAAAUAUGUGGCCGCGUAGAAUAUGCGCGUGACACUGAAGCCCUCGAUGUUGGUGCCGUCAGGGAAAGAGGCCUCGAUGAAAGCACGCUGCUCAGCUGUCGUCUUGUCGAUAUACAGGUCCACACACUGCAGGCCCCUGAUGUGGGUGAUCACCGACGAGAGGCCGGCGCGGACGAAGCUGCUCGCGUCCUCCACAUCAUUGGGCACUGAAGGGGAGGGGACACACACGGCAGCAGUGAGGGCGGACGGACACAAAUUCUCUCUUCUGUCGGCGUACGUGUCAGAUCAAGACGCUGAUCGAGGCGUAGCGUCUUGAUCGUCGGCAAUCCUUCAGCCGCCUCGGCCAGCUGGUUGACGUCUACCUCUCCCAUCUGCACCGUACCCACCUCCCUCUCCCUCCCCAGCGCCGUCAACACGCCCACCUUCUCCUCGGCACCCGACACCCUCUCGAUGCACACCCUCCCCAGCUGCUUGGGCAUCUUGUCGGCCAACAGCCGGCCAGCUGCACCGCCCAGGCGGUUGCGGACAGACAGAACUGAGGCUUUGGGGAACCGCUGCAGGUGGGCGAUGACGACGGGAUGGGGCGAUGGCGUGUCGGCCGGGGGAUGGAGGCCAGGGGCAUUCUCGACGACCACCUCAUCGGCCUUGUCGAAUGAGAGUGUGGAUGCGAUAUCGAUGGCCGCUGGGCUGGGGUCGCUGUGCGAGUCGGUGAGGCCGUCCUGAGUGAAGAUGUACUCCACCGAUGUGGCCUGCUGUGCCAGCUGCUGCAUCAUGGUCUUGAGUGGGGGUGAGGGGCGGGUGGGGAAGUCGGGGUGGCAGAAGAUGGAGAGGUCGAAGGUCCAAUGGGAGGCGGUGGUGAGCGUCAGUGGGGCGUCCGGUCGGCAGCACUUGGUGACCAGUCGGUCCAGGGCCAGCAAUGUGGGCAACUUGCGGCUGAUGGCGUAGCGGGCAGAAAAGUGGACGUGCAGCUGCUUGAGAGAACGCCGGCAGCCCCGCGCAACGAGCACUUCCUGAAGACGACAACACACAAAUAUGGGACAUCAUGAGCCAACCCCACGGGCGCUGCUGUCCUGCCCUUUGUGUUCACCUGUAGCCGCUCGACGCCCGCCGGAUCGCUGGUACCUUCGACCACGAUGGUGCCGAUGCGCUCCAGCUGGGCGAGUGGCCCUCCCUGCCGCCCAGCAGGCGCCACAGGGAUGUGCUCAAACACACUCGACCACUCCCCACCGUCAAAGCUGCCGUCGACCUGCCGCAACGAGCGGGACGAGCCGAUGUACUGGCCCAGUCUGCCAGGGCGCCACCCCUCCUGCCGCACGGUGGCGAGUGAGGGCAU